ACUACCUAUACACGGCGGACACUGCAUUUUAUUAAUUCAGACAAGUAUUUGCUGUGCUAUAGUACUCUCUAAACAUGUUCGCAAGAGCAGCCUUCUCAUCGGCAUUUCGACCGUUUUCGCGCCCACACUCCUUACCACUACGGCCCAAUGAUUUUAAGAUACCAUCCUCCCUUCACGUCCGACUACUGUCCUCUGAAACUAGGUCAGCCAUUGAUAAAGCAAUUGCAUCUGCUCCGGUUGUCCUUUUCAUGAAGGGUACCCCGGAGACUCCUCAGUGUGGCUUCUCUCGAGCCAGUAUUCAGAUUCUGGGCUUGCAAGGGGUGGACCCCAAAAAGUUUGUCGCGUUCAAUGUGUUGGAAGAUCUUGAGUUGCGUCAGGGCAUAAAGGAAUACUCGGACUGGCCAACCAUCCCCCAAUUAUAUUUAGAUAAGGAAUUCGUCGGUGGCUGUGAUAUUUUAAUGUCAAUGCAUCAAAACGGGGAGCUUGCAAAGUUGCUUGAAGAAAAGAGAGUUCUGGUAGCGGUUGACUAAGUUGAAGCGCACCAUCCUCGCCCGGGGAGAAAAGAAGAAGACUACUUUUUUCUCCUUACAUAAAGCAGGUUCCUAAGAUAUGAGGGUACAAUGUUUUAUCAGCCGUGUCACCUACCGACCUCAAUCUUAGCAAGAGCCAAGCACAUAAUUUAAUCAAGAACUCAUAUGUCCAGAUGUCCGGUGCGUCGUGUAGUAUUAACCAUCCUUCCCAGUUCUCUAUAUCACUGAAUUUCUUAAAGAAAUCUACAUCUUUUGCAAUUCAUUGUGUCGA